UAUGAUUGUGUAUUUGUACAAGCCGUUAUUUUAUUUUAAGUUACAGCAUAUUUUGAAGGAGUCUUUACCCUUGUGCUUAUUUGUCUCAAAGACAGUAUCCUACAGUAGUGAAUCUUGAAAAUCAAGAAAGACAUCUAGCCAGAGCUUUUUGUGAUCUGUCUAUCCAGUGGAACUGAGUGAGAUGUGCAGUAAUUUUAGUGGAUCCAUUCUAGAGUAGACAGGCAGAUGGAUCAGAUAGAUUUACGAAUUCUUACAUGUCAAGAGGUGUCCAGCAGAUGAUGCUUUACGCCUAAAAGAUACAAUGCACCAUAAUCUGAUUUUACAGUGUUCUAAUAAUUAUGAGACUUUUAUUAGUAAGUCUAUGUGAGUGUAAAGAGUGAUUUAAUUAAUUAUACCCUUGUCUGUUUUUUUAAAUGCUUUUCUCUUUGACCUUCCAAGCUGCGUGUGGCAUAUGAAAUUGGUCAAAUAUCAAACUAAAUGACUUUUAUUUUGAAAUUCCGUCUGACGCUCACAUCCGUUCUGGAAGUGGAAGCUGUUGUCAACGGAAGUAUUGUCAACGGUCGACUGCACCUUACAAGCCACUUUUAGGGGCGCCGCACUUGCUAGAGGUUCAGGGAUUUUUUCAGCUCUCCACCUUUUGCUUUAGGGCAGGCUUCCAGCCAUGUCUGCUGUGGUGGAUCUAAAGACGAAGGAGGAGAAAGAUGCAGAGCUGGACAAAAGGAUCGAAGCUCUGCGGAAGAAGAAUGAAGCUUUGGUCAAGAGAUAUCAGGAAAUACAGGAAGAUAAGAAAAAGGCUGAACAGGAGGGCAUCGCUGUGACAACACCUCGCAAACCCCGCCCUCAUGAGCCUGAGUCUGAACGGAGAAAGACGGAAAAGGAGAACUUCUCAGUGACCGUUGACUUGUCCAAAUCAGCUGCGUUAAAGACAGAUGAGAAGCGUGUGGCGAAUGACAGGAAACCAGCUAGUCAUCGUGGUGACCAGGGCCCAGAAGAAAAAGAGUCUGGUCUGCCUCAUGGUGAGAGUCCCCCCCACAGAACCGGAUCGGGCCGGCUGAGCAGAGGUGUCCAACGCGGCGGAAGAAGAGAGCCUCGUUCAAACAAAGGUGAACCAUGGUCGGAGAGGCAACCUCAGGAUGGUGAAGGUGGAGAGGGUCCAGCUCGUACUGAACGCUCCUCUAGAGGAGGGUGGAGAGGAGGAAGAGGUGGAGGAGGAACACAAGGAGGAUCAGGCUCGGACAGGAAAUCAAAGGAGUGGGAGGAAAAAAGAAGACAGAACAUAGAGAAGAUGAAUGAAGAGAUGGAAAAGAUUGCUGAAUAUGAGAGAGGUCAAAAAACUGAUGGAGAGAAGAACCCCAUCAGAAACUUCCUUGAUGACCCACGGCGUAAUGGGCCGAUACUAGAAACUGACCGCAAGGAGGGAAGCCGGCGUCACGUGCGCAACUGGGGUGGAGUUGACUUUGACAAUGUGAAGACUGGUGCCGAGGUUGAGAAAGAAUGGACGAAUCGUAGGCCAAGCGGUAAAAGCUCAGUGGAUAUGACUCUGUCCAUGACUGGCCGAGAAAGAGCCGAGUAUCUCCGCUGGAAAAAGGAGCGAGAGCAGAUUGACGAAGAACGACUGGCUCGUCACCGUAACGCCACUGGCCAGUGGAGACGAGAGUGGGAUGUCCAGAAAACAGAUACAAUGUUCAAGGAGGACUCAGCUGUGGCUGGAGAGGGCACACAAGAACAAAGCAACAGGAGAGAAGAUAGCAAGAAGCCGCCCAAGGCACCAGCCUUCGGGGACUUCAUGGGACAGGGCAAACCCAGACGGGGAGGCCGUGGACGAGGGAAGGGUCGCGGUCAAAGCAAAAGCUACAGCAUGCAUGAUAAUCGGUGGGAAGGGGAAAAUGAAGAGGAGAAAGGAAGAAAGGAGGAGCAAGAGAAGGAGAAGGAUAAAGAGAAGGAAAACGAGAACAAGGAUGGCACCCUCAAGGCUCCAUUGUCGGACAAGAAGUCUGAUGAAGGAGGCCUCGCUGAAGAAGAUGAUGAUGAGUGGGAGGAUGCCAGCGAUGGUGAACAGGAAGAUGUGGAAGAGGAUGAAAAAGCAGAUCACGAGGAAGACUCAAAAGAUGCUAAACCAACAGAAAAGACCCCUACCUCUCCUGCAACCUCUACUCCCAGCCCAAAAGAGCAACGUACCCCAAGACCCAAAGUCCACAUCCCUUCCCCACAAGAGACACUCAGUACACCAGAGGGACCCAAACCGCACAGCCCUUUCUCCCCGCUGGACGGUCACCAGCCUGUGUCAGACUGGGGUGAAGAAAUGGAGAUGCUUUCUCCUAAGAGCAGUCUGGGCGAGAGCCCUCUGAGGCCCAGCAGCACUGAAAGCAGUCCAGCUCAACCUAAGAGCAAUCCAGCUGAACAUAACACGGAUACCACCCCCAGCCAGCCAGAAGAACCAGAAAGAAAAGAAAGUGCAUCUACAGUGGUGGAGUCAGCUUCCUGUGAAACACAAAAGGAGCCGGUACCAGCUGAAUCUGCUGACACAACCACCUCGAGCAGCCAUGACACAGGAGAUCCUGUAGUGCCGCCCACCACAGACAGCGUCAACCAGAGCAAGGACAGCGACGCCCCCACUAUAGAGCUAGAUCAGAGUCAGCCUGAAACUAAGGUUGGGGAGGAAACAGUAGUGGAUUCUUCAGAUCAACCCUCCUCAGGUGCUGUUCUUAUUACCAGCUUUGAGACUGUGGAAUUUCGAAAGAAAUCCCUUACUUCAGCUGACUUCUAACAACUAACCGAUGUCCUCCCCUUUUCUUUGCACACUUCAGUCUUUCUGGUCUCUCUGUCUCUCCCUCCCUGUUCACUACACUCAUGUCUCCUUUACGUUCCCGUGUCCAUCUGUCUCAUGACAUGAGAUGGCAUCUGCUGUUGAGCUUGUUUCUAUCGUCUUUGACAAAUGAGAAUGCAGCUCCUCAGGUUAUGACAGUCCUCCCCCGCCUCUGGGACUGACUGCUUCUGUCUGCAGCUUCACAUUUGCUGUCAUUCUCCACUGUGAACCUUGUACACCUCCUCCAGCAUGACUAAAAUCCCACGUUUAUUGUGCUCCCGGAUCCCCUCAUUGUCGUUCAUGCACCUCUUUGAUUUCACACCUUUCCCUGGAUGACAUGUUUGGAUUUGGGUUAUGGCUUUUUCCCCUUUCAUGCAUGUCACAAACUGCUUGAGCAAAUAAGUGUUGUUUUGAUUUUUAUUCCAUUUUUGCAAAAGCAUAUAUAUGUGUGAGUGUGUGGACUGCAAACUGUAAUGAUCUAUAACAUCAUCCCAACAGGAUCCCAUUGGAUCGCCGUUUAGGAUCAUUAUCAUUGAGGGGAAAGCAGCUUGCAGAGAUGAAUUACACAGGGUAAACCUAAUGUGGUUCCAGAGACUGUAUAGCAUCUUAUUAAAUUUCUUCUCAUUUUAAUGUUUAUCAUGUAUGAAUGUUUAUCAAGCCACACAGAAUGAAUGUAUCAAGUUCACCAGAGUGCAAAUGAGGGUACUUUUUUUUUUUAAUAAAUAAAAUCCAUUGUUUAUUCAUAUAGACUUAAAAAUAAAUCCUCUGAGAUGAUCAGGGUUUCCGGCGGUUUUAUCAAACCUGGAAAUAUCAGUAAUUUUUUUAGAAUGAUGCUUACCAGGUCUAGAAAAUGAAUAAAAUCUUAAAAAUCAUGGACAUUUGUGAAUAAUCUUCUAGUUAUGCUCUGUUUAAAAUUAUUUCAUAAGAUAGACUUUUUACUGGAGUCUUUUUACUCAUUUUAAAUAAAAGAUUUGAUAUGUGACUGGUUUGGAUGGGUGUAUGGUGGCCCAGAAGGCAUUCAAACCGCAUUCAAAUCUCAUUUUAUGUGUUACUUGCUAUCUGACAUAGACUUAAAUAUGCCACAGUAAUCUCAUUAAAAAGAUUUUUAAGAUUCCUUAUCCAGUAAUAGUGAACAACUGGAAAUGUCAUGGAAAUUCAUUGUUUAAAAGAACCCAGGAUUACACUCAUUUGCAGAGCAAAGAGGAAAAACAAAACCAGCCCAAAAUUAUGAAAGAAAAAUUAAAUAUGGUGGCUUUUAUCCUCAUCUGUUUGUUUUUUCUAAAGUCUGAAAUUUGAAUCAUCUCUCCUUUUUAUUGCCCUUUUAAGUUGCGGUCACAUUCACCAAAUCCAGUCAUCUCAGUAGGAAUCCACGCAAUCUAGAAUUUAGUGUGAAGGCAAAGUAUUUGCCCACACAGAUUUCACAAUGGGUUUAAGUUGGUCAUGCAAAUUUGCCAUGUUGAUCAAAGCAAAGCGGCUUGGUUUGAUUAAGAAAAUGACUUGUGUGAGUGUUGCUUCAUACAUCUCUCCACUUUUGACAAUAGACAGUGGACCUUUAGUUUCUGUGAAAUUUUGACGAAAUAUCACUGAUGUGACUGCACCUUAGUUUGUAGAAGCUACUCUGUGUCUGUAGGAUUUUUACUUAUACAAGUGAUGAAUUUGUAGUUUAUACUCUUGAGAUUUGGAACCGUGCUGGAAUGGCGAAUAAAUGUUGUGCUGCUUAUUACUUCUGAUUGUCUCCCUUUCCCUUUUGAAUUGAGGAACCACUCCUAAGUGUUUUGUGUUUCAUGAAUGUUUGAUGUCACAUCCACUCCAUUGCCAAAGGCUCAACCCUGUCACUCAAUCAUUUGGGAUCUCUGUCCUUCUCCACCUGCUUCUGCUUAUUGCCAUUACAUCAUACCAGUUUAUUAUGCAAUUAACUCCUCAUUAGCAACUAAUGUGUGGAUGUGAUUUCUUGCCAGUUCCCUCAUUCAGAUUUCCAUUGUCCACAUGCACCCUGGAAACAUAAACUAAUGGCUCAAUAACAAGAUUCUUGUAUUUCCUUUAAUUUGAUCACUCUUCUACGUUUAGCCUGUUUAACAGGAGGAAACAUCCAGGAAAACAUUUUUUAGUGCUAAAAAUGUUUUUAUGAGAAAACUGCAGUCGGCUUUCAGAUC